AAAUGCCCCAAUAAAAAAUAAUUAUUAGAUCUCGAAGUAAUAAGUAAGGGUCGAAAUUGUUAUCUCCUAGAGGUGAUCUAACUGACACUUAAACUAAAGUAUGAAAUUAAUCUAGAGUAACAUAGUUGAUUGAGAGACUAAUGAGUAGGUAAAAGAAUGGAGCAAAUAAGGAAGAACAACAAUUUUAAUCAUAUUUUGAGCAUUUGGGAGGUAUAGAUAUUAAGGAAUGAUAGGAUAAUGUCUAUGUUCUCUUUGCAAUUGUGGCAGACAUUAAUGUGAAGGGAAACAGUGUAGAAAUAGACCAUCUAUGCAUGGGAAUAAAAGUAUAUAUUAGAGGGAAUACAUUCAUAAAUCGCCAGAUCAGAAUGCACAUUAUAAUUAAAACCUUUUUGAAAGUCCCAAAUAAGAAGGUGACAUAGGAAAUGUUUCAACAUAUAAGGUAUUGAGUAUUGCAGAUUCAUCUAGCAUGACUUUUUGGGAAGCCAAUCCAACUUUAGAUUUAAGAGUACCUCUCCUUAAUCUACUCUGCGUAGUGGCCCUUUUUGUGGUCUUUCAACUUACAACAACAUGUUUUUGAAUUGGGGUGGUGGAGAUACUGUUCCAUUAUUGUCAUAAAAGAAUCCGACAGUAAUUAGAGAUCUUCCAUUUUUCGGAAGAACCAAUUACAGAGAGUGUUUCUAAGGAACAUAAGUCCAACCUGCUUAGAGUGCGAAAGGUUUUCAUUGCAAUAAGUAGACUAUUGAAUUAGAGUAAGGUCACCUCUAUCUCCUCCGAAUAUGAAGUUUAAUGGAAUUUCAGUUACUAAAUCUUCAUAUCAGCCCUAUCGAACAGAUAAGUUUGUGAAUUUCAAAGAGCAGCCUUAAUUUUAAUCGAAUCCUUCCUACCAGGGAUAAUACAAUUCUGAGUAUUUUAAAGAAUUUGAUCCUAAAUACAAAUAGCCAUGCCCAGCAAAAUAAGUUCUAGAGGAAGUGUCUCAAUAAUGUUGA